AUGGAUCGAUCAAGGUCACAUGAGGAGAUUCGAAAUCGAAGGACAAUGAACAAUAAAAUACCAGCUGGUUGGCUUGAUUAUUCUCCAUUGAAUACAUGGAUUGAAAAUACUCGUUUUGUUCCAUUUAAAUGUCCUUUAAGAUGGUCAAUCUUACGAAAUAUAAAUAAGCAAGAUCGAUUUUCUCUGGAUGAUUUAAUUGAACGUAUGGAUAAUCAAGGACGAAAAGUUGGUUUAAUUAUUGAUUUAACUGAUACAUAUCGAUAUUAUGAUUAUCGAGAUGUAGAAGAUAUGGGUAUUGAAUAUUGUAAAAUUCGAGUACCAGGACAUCAAGAUGUGUCAGAUAAAAGUUGUCAAAAAUUUUUUCUUGUUGUUAAUACUUUCUUACGAGAUAAUCGACAGAAUGAUAAUCUUAUAGGUAUUCAUUGUACACAUGGAAUUAAUCGAAGUGGUUAUUUUAUUGUUAGAUAUUUAAUUGAAAUACUUGGUCAGCAACCAGAUGAUGCUAUUGCUGCAUUUAAUCGAGCACGUGGACAUACAAUUGAAAAAAAUAUUGAUGAUCUUCGAAGGCGAAAAUCAAUGAAUGUUUCUUCUUCGCCAUCAUCAGAUCAAGAAGACGAUGAUUACUAUAUAGAACGAGAUCGACCAUUACCAUAUAGUAGGCCAUCAAUAGAUCCAACUUUAAAUGAUAUAUCAUCGGAAACAUCAGAAAUGCUUGUAUAA